AUGGCUUCACUGAGCCGGGCCCUGCGAGUGGCCACUGCACACCCUCGACAGAACCUGUCCCAGGGCCUGGGGCUUCGGGCCCUGUCCAACACUGUGGGCCCCACUGCUGAGAAGAGCGUGCCAUACCAGCGCACUCUGAAGGAGGAGCAGGGCCCCUCAGCAGUGGCCCAAGGCCCAAGCCGGCCCCUACCCCGUGAAGCUAAUGUGGUGGUCAUUGGUGGGGGCAGCCUAGGCUGCCAGACCCUGUACCACCUGGCCAAACUGGGUGUGAGCAGCCCCGUGCUGCUAGAGCGGGAGUGGCUGACUUCAGGGACCACCUGGCACACGGCAGGCCUGCUGUGGCAGCUUCGGCCCAGUGACGUGGAGGUGGAGCUGCUGGCCCACACGCGUCGUGUGGUGAGCCAUGACCUGGAGCAGGAGACAGGUCUGCACACGGGCUGGAUCCAGAAUGGGGGUCUCUUCAUCGCCUCCAACCGCCAGCGGCUGGAUGAGUACAAGCGGCUCAUGUCGCUGGGCAAGGUCUAUGGUGUGGAGUCGCAUGUGCUGAGCCCAGCGGAGACCAAGGCACUGUACCCACUGAUGAACGUGGAUGACCUCUACGGGACCCUGUAUGUGCCACACGACGGGACCAUGGACCCUGCCGGCACCUGUACCACCCUGGCUAGGGCUGCUACUGCCCGAGGAGCCCAGGUCAUUGAGAACUGCCCAGUGACCGGCAUCCGAGUGCGGACAGAUGACUUUGGAGUGCGGCGGGUUGCAGCCGUAGAGACCAAAUAUGGCUCCAUCCAGACACCCAUCGUGGUCAACUGUGCAGGAGUGUGGGCCAGUGCUGUAGGGCAGAUGGCCGGAGUCAAGGUCCCGCUGGUGGCCAUGCACCAUGCCUACGUCGUCACUGAGCGCAUUGAGGGCAUCCAGAACAUGCCCAACGUCCGUGACCAUGAUGCCUCCGUCUACCUCCGUCUGCAGGGAGACGCCUUAUCUGUGGGUGGCUACGAGGCUAACCCCAUCUUCUGGGAAGAGGUGUCAGAUAAGUUUGCCUUCGGCCUCUUUGACUUGGACUGGGACGUGUUCACCCAGCACAUUGAAGGUGCCAUCAACCGAGUCCCCGUGCUAGAGAAGACGGGGAUCAAGUCCACGGUCUGUGGCCCGGAAUCCUUCACGCCUGACCACAAGCCCCUAAUGGGGGAGGCACCUGAGCUCCGAGGAUUCUUCCUUGGCUGUGGCUUCAACAGUGCAGGAAUGAUGCUGGGUGGUGGCUGUGGGCAAGAGCUGGCCCACUGGAUUGUCCACGGGCGCCCAGAGAAGGACAUGUACGGCUACGACAUCAGGCGGUUCCAUCAUUCACUUACUGACCAUCACCGCUGGGUCCGUGAGCGCAGCCAUGAGUCCUACGCCAAGAACUACUCUGUUGUCUUCCCCCAUGAUGAGCCCCUGGCUGGGCGCAACAUGCGAAAAGACCCCCUGCACGAGGAACUCCUGCGGCAAGGCUGCGUGUUCCAGGAGCGGCACGGCUGGGAGCGACCUGGAUGGUUCAGUCCCCGUGGGGCAGCUCCGGUCCUUGAUUACGACUAUUACGGGGCCUACGGGCACAAGCUGCACAAGGACUAUGCCUACAACAGGCUGCUGGGGGAUGAGUACACCUUUGGCUUCCCUCCCCACCAUGAUGUUAUCAAGAAGGAGUGUCUGGCUUGCAGAGGGGCCGCUGCUGUGUUCAACAUGUCCUACUUUGGGAAGUUCUACCUGGUGGGACCAGAAGCGAGGAAGGCUGCAGACUGGCUCUUCUCUGCCGAUGUCAGCCGGCCCCCAGGCUCAACUGUGUACACCUGCAUGCUGAACCAUCGAGGGGGCACAGAGAGUGACCUCACUGUUAGCCGCCUGGACCCUGGGUCCCAGGCCUCCCCACUGGCCCCCACCUUUGAAGGUGAUGGCUACUACCUGGCGGUGGGCGGGGCUGUGGCCCAACACAAUUGGUCGUAUAUAACCAGUAUGCUACAGGACCAGCAAUUCCGGUGCCAGCUCAUUGACAGCUCUGAGGACCUGGGCAUGAUCAGCAUCCAGGGGCCAGCCAGCCGGGCCAUUCUCCAGAAGGUGCUCGAUGCAGACCUGAGCAACGAGGCCUUCCCUUUCUCCACCCACAAGUUGGUGCGGGCCACCAAGCACCUGGUCCGGGCCAUGAGACUAUCCUUUGUGGGCGAGCUGGGCUGGGAGCUGCAUGUGCCCAGGGCAGCCUGUGUGCCUGUAUACAAGGCCAUCAUGGCCGCAGGCACCAAGCUUGGCCUCAUCAAUGCAGGCUACCGGGCCAUCGACUCCCUGAGCAUUGAGAAAGGCUACCGGCACUGGCAUGUGGACCUGCGUGCUGAUGACAGCCCCCUGGAAGCAGGCCUGGCCUUCACUUGCAAGCUCAAGUCUGCCAUCCCCUUCCUGGGGCGCGAGGCCCUGGAGCAGCAGCGGGCCUUGGGCCUACGCCGGCGCCUGGUGUGCUUCACCGUGGACGAAAAAGUGCCCAUGUUCGGUUUGGAGGCCAUCUGGAGAAAUGGCCACGUGGUGGGCCACAUCCGCAGGGCUGACUUUGGGUUCACUAUCGACAAGACCAUCGCAUACGGCUACAUCCGGGACCCCAGUGGCGGGCCGGUGUCCCUGGACUUUGUGAAGAGUGGGGACUACGCCCUGGAGAGGAUGGGGGUGACCUAUGCUGCACAAGUGCAUGUGAAGUCACCCUUCGACCCUGACAACAAGAGGGUGAAAGGGAUCUACUGA